AUGCAAAGUAUUAAAUUGUAUGAUUAUUUAAAAGAGAAGUGCCCUUCAUUAUUAGGGGAAGAAGCAAGAUAUUAUCCAACAUUUUGGAUUUAUAAUGGUCAUUUACAAACUGCUUAUGCAGCUUUUGCAAAUUUUGAUGAUGUACAUUUGAUUGACUAUGAAAGAAAAUUUGUUUCUACACCUGAUGGAGGACAAAUUGCAGUUGAUUGGACACCGCCAUUAUCAGAAAAGGUUUUUGACAAUACACCAACGUUAGUAAUGUUACAUGGAUUAACAGGAGGGAGUCAUGAAUCUUAUAUAAGAUGUUUACUUGAGGAACUUACAAAGCCACCACAUAAUUAUAGAGCAGUUGUAGUUAAUUUUCGAGGUUGUUCAGAAUCAUUUAUAACAUCACCAAAACUUUAUUCGGCUGGUGCUACAGAAGAUUUGAGAGUGGCUUUGAACUAUAUAAAAGAAUCCAUCCCAGGAGCACCUUUAAUGGCGGUUGGGUUUAAAGGUGAUAAAACGCCAUUAAUUGGUGCAGUAUCUGUGGCCAAUCCAUUUGAUCUUCUUUGUGGAAAUAGAGCAUUGGAAAGGAGUUAUUUGGGAGAAAGAGUUUAUUCGGCUGCAAUGGCAGAUAAUUUAAAGAAAGGAUAUAUUAGACAUUUAGAUGUAAUGAAGCAAGAUGAUAGAAUUCACAUAGAAAGUGUUCUAUCGUCAAAGACAAUUAGAGAAUUUGAUGAUCGAAUGACAAGAAUAAGUUUUGGAUAUGACACAGUUGAUGAUUAUUAUAGAGAUGCAAGUAGUGCUCAAUACGUUACUAGGGUAAAAAUACCUUUACUUUGUCUAAAUGCAGAGGAUGAUCCUAUUGUAUCCGUCCAAUCUAUACCAUAUGAUGAAUGCAAGUUUAAUCCAUAUGUUAUAUUAGUAACUACAAGUUUUGGAGGACAUUUAGGUUGGUUUGAGGGAUUUUUAAAUCCGUAUAGAUGGUGCAUUAAACCAUUAAGUGAAUAUUGCGUUGCAAUAAUAGAAACAAUUGAAAAAUCAUAA